GAAGGCUUCCAUGUUGGACAAAAGAUGUGAGUAAACAUGUUAGCAACCGGGAAGUAAAGCCUCCUCUAAUAUUGUUAUACAAUACUAUCAUUCUUAAGAUUAAUUGAGUGUCAAAAAGUUUCUUAUUUAAUUUCUCAUCUUUUAGCAUUACUCUCAUAGCUUGGUUAGCCUUAACAAUCUACAUCACUGUGGCUUAAUAUGGUUGAUAAUUCCAAAGUCUUGAUGACUGUGUAACAAAACUUGACCUCUCCUCAUUCUAAACCUAGGGGAGUGGGUUAUGGAGACCAAUGAUAAUAAAUUUCCUUUUGUUCAUUACCCAAAACAAAAAAAAAGGAAUGUUGGUUAGUCAUGGUGGAAGUAGGAGUAUGUGACAUGGAAGGAUGGCAUUGGUGGGUGGGUCAACAGUUUCUAUAUUGUUGGUUGUGGUGGCAAAGACCUAAAAGACAACAUAUUUCUAUUUGUUUUGUUUUGUUUUGUUAUAUUGGUGGGUAUAUGUAAUCUCAGUCAAAUAUUGUUGAUUAUAAACUAUACACAAAACAAAUAACAAAAAAAAAACUCACAAACCCAAGAAGAAAGGAGGAGAAGACGAAGAAGAAUAGCUAUGUGCUGUUGUUGCUGCAGUGAGGAAUGUGAAUGCAGGCCUUUGGGCUUUCUCUUGGGGCUACCCUUUGCUUUCUUGGCCCUUCUCCUCUCACUCAUCGGAGUCAUUAUCUGGAUUGUCGGGUUAGUGUUGACAUGCAUAUGCCCAUGUUGCUUGUGCGUGACAAUAAUAGUGGAGCUAGCGCUGGGAUUGAUCAAGGCUCCCUUUCUUGUCGUGAAAUGGUUCACAGAACAGAUCCCUUGCUAGAUCUAAAAUCAUCACCUUGAUAUUCUACCGUUGGUUCUUGGAACAAAAAGGAUUCUUUGACUAUGUUGUUGUGUUACUCGCAUGAAUUUCUCCAUUUUUAUUUUAUGAUACAUAUUUUAUGGUUCUUGAUGUUAUUUACCUUCAAUCAUGAUAAACAAGAGGAUGUUAGUCACAUAAUGCAAUUGUUAGU